UUAUUUUAUUAUGCCAAGUCUUGACCGAGACUUAUUUCUCAUUAUUAUUUCUAUUCUUUACACCUAUUCUUUCCAAGUAACUACCUUCCUCUCUAUCUGCAUAUUGUUCGCUUAUUAUUAUUUCCUUUUUGUCUGUACUUCAUUUCAACUUCCUGAACACUCUACAAUAGUUAAACACCAUUCAAUCAAAGUUUCCUUCCCUAUUAUCCCAAUUAUAACAUCUCAUCUUUCUCAGAAUUUGUAUUUCAAUUCAUCUCUAAUAUUACCAUAA